AUGGGAAAUUACUUUGGACCUUUUAAAGUUUUGAAUUUUAUUCGAGUUGAUUUAUUAAUUGUAGUAUUGUCAGAGGCGAAUCGACCAAAAUUAUACCUUCAACAUAAAGGUGCUAAAACGUUGAAUAGUCACUACAACAAGAGAAC